UAGAUAAGGCCGUAGAUAGUGCGCGAAUCAAAACAAAAUUAAUCACGAUGGACACGUUAACAUCUAAAAAUCCACACUCUUUUCUCAAUUUCUCCGUCACAUGCUAACAGUGGAGUGUAUCACAAAAAAAUGGAUUAUAAACCCUUCCUCAGUCAGUCCCUACUUUGAGUAAUUGCCUUGCCUCUCUCUCACUCUUUCUCUCUCUAAAUGGGGCUUCACAUGGUGGCUCCUCUGGUUAAGCUGCACUGGCAACUCACCGGCCACGCACUACGACCCGCGGUGGCCGGAGUACUCGCUUCUCCACUUCUACUCAAGCUGUUAAUGGGUUUCAGAGUGUUCCGAGACGAAGCCCUCUACCAAUCGAGGCUGUUCCUCUUCCGAUUGAGCCACAUCGCCUUCAGCAGCGAGCUUCCGCUUUCCAACGUCGCCAGAAUGGAACGAGCUCUGCGAUUAAUCUUCGGAUCAGUCACCGCAACCGCAUCGACGUCGAUGGAGGACUCGCAGAUGGAACAGGAAACUUUCCAUGCGCUUUCAUUGCUCUCACUUUGAAAUCGAUUAUGAGUUUGUUGUGUAUAUUUGAAUGUCUCAAAUCGAUUAUUGUUCGGUUGGGGUUAGAAUCUAUGAUUGCAGGGUUAAUUGAUUAUUUUGUGAUUUUGUAUAGGUUGCGUGUUUAAUUUGGUAUCUGGGGUUAGAAACUUUGUCGUAUAUAUAUGAAGAUUUUGGGGAUGAAAUGUCUUUAUUUACAUUUUACAAUUGGAUGCCAUUUAUUUAUCAAUGUUGUUGUGUCAAUUUCACAACCUUGAUUGUUGCUGUGCCUACAACCACAUUAAAAUGUACUACUAGUCUACUACCACUAGAUAUUGAAGUUUUGAGAGUGGCGUAAAAACUAGAAAGCACAAAGUGAUGAUUUGAUUUACAAAAGAAGAUAGUGAUGAUUGCUUGUCCUUUAGAUAUUUAUCAUUUUUUGUCGGUAUCUUUUGAUAAUUUGAAUUAAAUUACUGGAAGUUGACAUAAGUUAUAGGAGAGGUUGCUGAAAAAAAAUCAUAGUUGAGGUUUAUAUUCUUUUUAGUGAGUUAUUAGACUUUUUUUUUUCUUCAUUUAGCAAACUAGAAAAAACCGAUACAACAACUAAAUCAAUUGGAAGGAGGAAACUUCCAAAAUCGCAAUGAACUGAAGUUUUGCAUCAAAGGGGAAGAAAUUCGAUUACAUGCUACUCAUGAUGAUACUAAAAUCUCAUACGAUUUAGAUUCCAAAGUGCCAACAACUGAGGUUUUGCAUCAUGGAUUGACUGCUGGAGAUAUGCAGCUUGUACUGUCACCAGAAAGAGCUGCAAUCUAUGGAGACAGAGAAUGGAGGCUUUCAAUGUUGAAAGCAGUGGAAAGUGUGUUGCAGGGAAGAGGUGACUCAUUAUGCAUGGUUGCAGAUGAUAGUGUGUUUUUACCACUUCUUGUGGCACAGCUUUCAGAAGCCCCACAUAUAAUAUCGUUACUUCUGGGGUUGAAGGAAAGAGGCCUCCAAUAUUUGCAAGCUGCUGCCAAUGCAAAUCAUUUGCCUCCUAAUUGCAUAGAAGUUCUUGGAAAAAGGGUGAAACAGUUAACCACGCAGGAUACACACCAGAAAAAGGUUGAUCUGUUAAUAGCUGAACCUUUCUAUUUGGGACAUGAUGGCAUGCUUCCAUGGCAGAACCUGCGGUUUUGGUAUACUAGUAUAUGACCCGUGCCUUGCACGGGGAAUUGAAAAUUAUAUGUAAGUUUCAUUGCUUUUUAAAAAAAUGGUGUAGUUUAUUCUUUAAUUGUUUUGUAAAUUUUAUGUAUUUUAUCAAAGUUGUUUUAUUU